AGAUCACAACAAAUUCACCAUUCAAACAGCUAUCAUCAAAACUUGUGUGAAUUGAUACUUUCCCUUCCUCCAACAAGAUGCAAAGCCGGAACAUCAAUGGAUACCCACAACAGCAAUACUAUGAUGAUGAUAGCAGAUGGAUGGAAACUAAGGCUCAACAGCUACAGAGCCAGGGUUAUCCACAGACACAGCAAUAUCCUGGCAUGAAGCCAGGUUAUGGCAAUGACUCUGAUUACUCAAAGCCAAACCAUCAUGGCCAUGACUCUAACAACAAAAUGUAUUAUCAGGACAGCAAGCCUCAUGGCCUUGAUAUGUAUCCUCAUCAGGACAGCAAGCCUCAUGGCCUUGAUAUGUAUCAUCAUCAAGACAGCAAGCCUCAUGGCCUUGACUCUAACCAUGAUGUGUAUCAUCGCCAGGAUAAGGUGCCUCACGGACUGGGAAAUGGUUAUGGCUAUGAUAACAACCAUGGCCAUGGCCAUGGCAAUGGCAAUGGCCAGAUAUUCCCUUUUGGUGCUACUGCUAAUCACUCACCUCAGCAUGGUAAUGGUGUAAGGCCAUUCAAUCACGGUGGUCGUGGCCAAAAUGACUAUGUGUCGGAGAAUGAGUAUGAAGUUUACAAGGAGGAGCGUCUUGGUUCUGGCGCGAUGAAGAGGGAUGAAAUGAGAUAUGAUGAGAGGCGUGGAACAUAUGGAGAUGUUCGUCCGGCCAGUCCAUAUGGAUACAAUAAUAACAGGAACAAUCCUCUUGGUCAUGGAGCAAACAAAGCCAAUUGGACACUGAAAGGAGUCUAAUAUGCUUGGUUACUCUUAUUACUACCUCUGGAUCCAGUACUAAUAAAAUGUGUGCUUUAUUUUCUGUUUUUUGUUGUAAUAAGUUGCCUUGAUUAUGCAUGGCGCUUCAUAUAUAUGAUCAAUGUUAUCUGUAACUCAUUAUGAGGUUAUAAUAAGAUAUAUGUGGACUUAUAUACUAGAAA